AUGAAAGGCCUUCUGCUGAUCACCUUGUCUUCUCUGCUCUGCUGGGUCUCAGCUGACAUUCGCUGUCACUCCUGCUACAAGGUCCCUUUGCUGGGCUGUGUGGACCGGCAGUUCUGCCACCUGGAACCAGGACAGCAAUGCCUGACAACAAAUGUGUACCUCGGGAAGAUGUGGGUUUUCUCCAACCUACGCUGUGGCACACCAGAAGAGCCCUGUCGGGAGGCCUUCAACCAAACCAACCACAAGCUAGGCCUGACCUAUAACACCACCUGCUGCAACAAGGACAACUGCAAUAACCCAGCCCCUCGGCCCACCCCGGCCCUGGCCCUUGUCCUCCUUACCUCCUUGGCUGGCCUUAGCCUCUGGCUGUUGCACUGAGACUCGCUCCAUGGCUGCCCCUCCUCCCACCUGCCUUAGCCUCUCUUCUUGUGUCUUCGUAUCCUCUGCUUCCUUUUGCUCAGAAAAGCAUUUCUCCAGACCCUUCACAUUUCUUUAAUUAGACGGUGGUCCCCCGAUCCAUCCUUCCAUCCCACACCCUCCACUCUGCUUCUCUGGAGUCUCUUUCCAUUUCCCUUGACACCACUCCAGAUCCUCCAUCGUCUCCUAGAAGGGCUCCGCACUUUGCCUCCUGAACUCCCCUGUGCCCUAUGUGAGGAGGGAUUGGAAUC